AUGGGGUGUAUGUUGAGAAGUGACCGUAUGACAUUUUGUGAUAUGUAUCUCCAACCGGAAGCAGCUUUCGAAGUAAUUGGACAUCUUGGCGAAAUGGAUUGUGCGCAAUUUGUAGACAUGACGCCCGACGUGAAGCCAUUUCAAAGAAAUUAUGUGAUGGAAUUAUGUCGCUGUGCCGAGAUGGAACGUAAGCUACUGUAUAUGGAAGGAGAGAUGAUAAAGGACAAUAUCAACGUCUUUGAAUACAACAGUCUUGAGCCGAAGCCGUUGCCGCUUAACGAAAUUGCUACGCUGGAGAACAUACUCGAAAAAUGGGAAAAUGAUGUACUAGAAAUGUCUGAGCAUCAAACAACGCUGUUAAAGAAUUAUCUGGAGCUGAGUGAAAUGAACUACGUCUUAAAUCACGUAGGACCACUGAUGGGUGAAUCUGAAAUCACAGAGGAGUCAAUAUUUGGAAGAACUGCUGGUGGUGACACUGGUUUUAUUGGUCGGCUUUUUGUGAUCACGGGAGUUGUCAAGAGAAGCAGAAGUUUUCCGUUCGAAAUGAUGAUGUGGAGAGUGUCUCAUGGAAACAUUUACUACAAACGAGCUUCCCAGGAUGCUAUUCUACAAGAUCCCCACACAGGUCAAGACAUUCGAAAGGUGGCGUUUCUGGCGAUCUGCCAGGGAGAACAGAUCAGUGCCCGCCUCGAAAAAGUCUGCAGUGGAUUUCAUGUGAACCUGUACCACUGUCCUCAGACUUCUAACGAACGGAUGGAUAUGAUGUUGCAGCUUGCAGUUAGGAUUGAUGACUUGGAAAGAGUAAUGAAAAAAACAAAAUACUAUCGUUGCAAGGCGCUGCGUACUGUUAGCAAGCAAUGGGAUCCCUGGAUGGUACAAAUAAAGAAAUCGAAAGCGAUAUAUCAUACAAUGAAUAUGUUCACUCUUGAUAUAACAAGAAAGUGCCUCAUCGGCCAGUGUUGGAUACCUGAUAUGGAUCUUAAUAGAGUUGAAGACGUUUUGGCAAGAGUAUCGGAGAAAACUGAAAGCAACGUAGAGUCCUUUGUACUGAAGUCUGACGAUAGCGACGAUCCGCCCACAUAUCAUCGGACCAACAAAUUCACGAGAGGUUUUCAAAUGCUUAUCAAUGCGUACGGUGAUUCUACUUAUAGAGAACUUAAUCCAGCUCUGUACACAAUAAUAACAUUUCCAUUUUUGUUCGCACUGAUGUUUGGCGACUUUUGCCACGGAUUCAUAAUUGUGGCGUUUGCUGCUUGGAUGAUAUCAGUAGAGAAGCAGCAUAUGAAUAAUCCAUCCAAGAAUGAGAUUUGGGCUAUAUUUUUUGGAGGUCGAUACAUUAUCCUUUUGAUGGGCUUAUUCGCUAUGUAUACUGGUUUUCUUUACAAUGAAUUCUUUUGUAAGGCAGUUUCAUUAACGAAGCCGUACUGGAUUAAUACUUAUGAAAGAGAGUAUAUUGAAAGAUAUACAUACAUCGAGCUAAAUCCAGUUUUAGACACAAACCCACCGUACAUGUUUGGAGUAGAUCCAAUUUGGUCGUUAUCCAAAAAUAAAAUAAUGGCUUUGAACUCAUUGAAAAUGAAAAUGUCAAUUAUAAUUGGAAUUGUUCAUAUGAUGUUUGGAUUGUGCUUAAGUUUGUUCAACCACGUUUAUUUUAAACGCCACUACGCUAUUAUAUUAGAGUUUAUACCUCAAAUUCUCUUUUUGACUUCCCUCUUUUUUUGGCUAGUCACAAUGAUUUUCAUGAAAUGGUAUAUGUACAGUGGGAAACAUAGUGGCUCAACUAGUGCAGGCUGUGCCCCAUUGAUUUUGAUUUUGUUUAUCGAUAUGGUACUGCUGUCUACCACGAAACCUGUUGAGGAUGAUUGUGAUGCUUACAUGUUUCAAGGUCAACAACAACUUCAGAAGAUCCUAGUUUUGAUUGCAGUUAUUUGUGUGCCAAUUUUACUUCUUGGUUCACCGAUAUAUCUUAACCGUAUCUACAAAAAGAAAAAAGCAGAAGCAUUGAAAAAAAUAAGUCAAUUCAGAAGAUACCAGAGGCAGGACUCCGACAAAUACGCGGAAUCUAAAAUUGUUAAAGAAAUUGCUAAAUACUCGGCACCGUUCGGUGAACUAAUGAUCCAUCAGGCAGUCCACACUAUUGAAUUUGUGUUGAGUACCAUAUCCCAUACUGCCUCGUACCUCCGUCUAUGGGCUUUGUCACUGGCGCAUGAACAACUAUCAGAAAUGCUAUGGUCGAUGGUGUUUGCCAAACUUGGACUCCGAGAUACAUCACGCAUCGGAAGCAUAAAAAUAUUUGCCAUUUUUGCUGUUUGGGCAGUUUUCAGUUUCGCCAUAUUAGUAGUGAUGGAAGGACUUUCGGCGUUUCUCCAUACACUGCGUUUACAUUGGGUUGAAUUUAUGAGCAAGUUCUAUUCAGGCAGCGGUUACCCCUUUAAGCCUUUCAGUUUUAAAGUCAUUCUAUCCAGGGAUACCAAGGACGACAAAGCGGAGGCUAUGUGUAAGAAAAAAGCCACAACCCACUGAUUGCAAUAUUGUCUAUUACUUUUGACAUAGUAUUUAAAGACUAAUAUAAUAUAGUACUUCUGUGGGGCUUAUUAAAAAAAAGCUGCUUUUUUUCUUAUCAUUUCAAUUGAGUUAUCAGAAUACUUGUAAUUCAUUUUAUUGUUGUAAUAACGAAAAUCAAAUAAUUUUCUUGUGUAGAUGGUAAUUUAUAUAAGUAACUCUUGACAUCGAAGUAGAAAAUCCGUACCUUUUCCAGGCUUGUUCUACUAUAAGCCCACUCUUGUUAUUACUUAUUGAAAUAUUUUCCAAUAAUUUCCACUGAAAAACAAAAGCGUGGGUAUAAUAAAAUAAGAGAUAGAGCAAAGAAAAUGGAUUCACCAUUAUACUGAUAAUUUUUAUUAUUUAGGGAUAUGUUGUUCAGAAUUUUAAGUUAACCUUCUGUAUUUUUUUAUUUUACAUGGCGAAAGUUAAUUGAAAACUAGUUUCGUUUUACUAUAAGUUUAGUUUUUACGUGAUUUAAAUAGGGAAAGGUUAACUUGAAGUUUAUAAAUUUAACUAUAAGGCUUAUUCUUAUUCUUAGUUUGUUGCUACUAGGAGCAUAAAAAUGCUAAGAAAACUUCAAAAAGUAUUGAUUUUUAAA